UAGUUUUUGGCAUACAAGUAUACAAUUGCACUGAUCAAGGUAGAGUUGUUGAAGAGGUUCACCUGCUUUUCUUGUUAAUUCUGAUCAUGGUCAGUGUUAGUUAUGGAAAGAAGUGAACCUGCAUUAGUUCCAGAAUGGUUGAGAGGUGCUGGAAAUGUUGCUGGGGCUGGCAAUUCAGCCCAACAGUUUGCAUCCCCAUCUAAUCAUGCAGAUACUCCGACUCUAGCCGAUAGAUCAAGGAACAGAUCUUCUAAGACAAAUGGUGAUUUUGAUAGCACACGUUCUAUAUCUUUUGAACGGACUGCCUCAUCAAAUUCUCGUAGGAGUUCCAUCAAUGGUUCUGCUAAGCAUGCCUACAGUAGUUUCAAUAGAAGUCAUCGUGACAAGGACCGUGAUAGAGAGAAAGAUAGAUCCAAUUUUAGUGACCAGUGGGAUCGUGGUAGUUCUGAAAGGAUAGAGAGGGAGACAUUGCAACGUUCUCAUUCAAUGCUUUCCAGGAAACAGAGUGAGACUUUAAUUCGCAGAGUUGUUGUAAAUACAAAAUCUGGUGGCAGUAGCAAUCAGAACAAUGGGAAUGGCAUACUUUCUGGUGGUAGUAUUAGUAGUGUUCAGAAAGCUUUCUUUGACAAGGAUUUUCCAUCACUUGGGGCUGAGGAGAAGCAGGGUAUAGCUGAAAUAGGAAGAGUUCCAUCUCCUGGUUUGGGUUCUGCUGCUAGUCAAAGCCUACCGGUUGGUAAUUCAGCUUUGAUACGUGGGGAAGGAUGGACAUCUGCACUAGCAGAGGUACCUACCAUAAUUGGAAGCAGUAGUCCAGGAUUUGUAAUGGUGCAACAAAAUGCAACUGCAGCUUCUGGGUCUGUAGCUUCAAGCACAACAGCUGGUCUUAAUAUGGCUGAAGCAUUGGCCCAGACUCCGUCCCAAGCUCGUUCUGCACCUCAGGUGUUGGUCAAAAUCCAAAGGCUUGAGGAACUGGCUAUUAAGCAGUCAAGGCAAUUGAUUCCAGUAACACCAUCAAUGCCUAAAGCUUUGGUUCCUAAUUCCUCUGAGAAAUCAAAGCCAAAAGCAGCAGUCAGAAGUACUGAGAUGAGUGUUUCUGCAAAGAGUUUGCCCCAGCAGCCCUCUGGGUUGCACAGUACUAGUCAGUCUGUUCGAAAUGUAAAUACCAAAGUUGAAGCUCCGAAGACAUGUGGAAAAUUUACUGAUCUUAAAUCCGUGGUGUGGGAGAAUGGUGUUUCUCCUACCUUCUCCAAGGAGGUUUCAAAUUUGACAAAUUCUUCCAUCGGCAAAUCAGGAAGUCAACAUGCUGUUGCUUCAGCGGUUGCUUCUACCCCUUCGAAGAACACCAAUUACAUGAAAUCUCCCACAGUGCAAAAGCCAUCUUUGGAUCUGAAAAUAGGUUCCACAGUGGAGAAGAGACAUUCUCAUUCACAUUCGCAGAGUCGAAACGAUUUCUUCAAUCUCAUUAAAAAGAAAACACUGAUGAACUCCUCUACAGUUGUUCCAGAUUCUAUCCCGGUGGUUUCAUCUCCUAUAUCAGAGAAAUCUGGUGAAUUAAAUGGAGUAGUAGUUAAACCUUCUGUAUAUCCUCAAUCCACUGGAAAUGGUCCUCAAGUGACAAGCAAUGGCAAUGCUCAUGCCUAUGAAGAGUCACAGAGACUUUCUGAUAGUGAAGAAAAAGAUUCUAUUCCCAGUGCGACAAUAUCUCCUGAUGAGGAAGAGGCUGCAUUCCUUCGUUCUCUUGGCUGGGAGGAGAAUUCAGAUGAGGAUGAAGGGCUUACGGAGGAGGAGAUCAAUGCCUUCUAUCAGGAGGUGUGCAAGAAGUUGGGCCCCACAACAUUCAAGCUCUGCCAAGGGAUGCAACCAAACCUGUCCAAGUUGUUUGAAUCCUAUGCAUCCAACUUGCAUGGAGCUUCUGCUGAGUUGAGCUCCUCUAAUUCUGGAUCGGAAGCUUGAAGUAAUGUUUUUCUUCCUUUUGAUCAUAGUUAGAUCCAAGUUUCGAUUUUUUAUUGGCAGAUGGCUAGUUUCAUUCUAUCCAUUUGUUCUGAAAGAAGGCUGGUGAUUUGGUAGUGGAAGAACAGGGAGGGUGGGUUUUGAUUGGAACC